AUGAUUGACACGAUUGCAUCGGUUGGACCUGGAGUUAAAGGACCUACUGGUAAACAAAUUGGUGGUGAAUAUUUAAACGAGGAGAUGCAAGAAGUUGUACAGUAUGUUGAUUCUUUAAAGCAGAAAUGGAAAACAUACGGAUGUACAAUUAUGUGUGAUGGUUGGAGUACUCGUACAAAACAUCCAAUCAUAAAUUUUAUGGUGUACUGUGAUAGAGAUAUGAUAUAUCACAGUUCGGUUGAUUGUACAAAUAAGGCGAAGACUGCGGACUUUGUCUACACCCUAAUGGAUAAGGUGGUGGAAUCAGUAGGGGUUGACAAUAUUGUACAAAUUGUAACUGAUAGUGAAGCUAGUAUGAAGGCGGCUGGGAAAAAACUGAUGAGGAAAAGGAAGCACAUUUUUUGGUCUCCAUGCGCAGCGCAUUGCAUUGAUUUGAUGUUAGAAGACAUCGGAGAUAUAUUGUCAGUGAAAGAUACGAUAAAAGAAGCCAGAAGAAUUACAGGAUUUAUAUACAACAGUGAUAAAGUGGUUAAUUUGAUGAAAACAUAUACGAAUGGCCGAGAUCUGUUGCGACCAGGCAUAACAAGAUUUGCAACCGAGUUUGUUGCAAUGGAAAGUCUUCUGAGAUAUGCAACCGAUUUGAAAAGAAUGUGUACUUCUAGAGAAUGGGUUGAGUACAAUAAUACCUCGAGGAGAAGACAUGAAGCCGGAGAUAUAUCAGACUUGAUUUUGAAUGAAAGAUUUUGGAAACGGAUACGCCGAGUCUGUGGGGUCAUGGAACCCUUAGUGAAGGUUUUAAAAGUAGUUGAUCAAGAUAAAAAACCUACACUACCUAUCAUUUAUGAGGCAAUGGAUAUGGCAAAAAUGGCAAUAAAAACCGCAGUGAAAGAUUUUCAACAAUAUUGGGAUAUCAUCGAUGAAAGAUGGUAUAAUCAAUUGCAUCAAGAUUUGCAUGCAGCAGCUUAUUUUUUAAAUCCUGGUCUUCAAUACUCCGGCACUUGUGAAUUUGAUUCAUCGGAGGUUCGAAAAGGAGUAAAAGAAGUUAUCAAAAGACUCGAGCCAGAUUUGGAUAUACAAGUAAAGGCUAUGAAUGAGAUAAACAUAUUUGUUAACAAAAUUGGAGAGUUUGGAAGUGCACUUGCUAUUAGAGCUGUAUCUACAUCUUUACCAGAUGAAUGGGUUAGAGAAAAUGAAUCUCCACUUAUUCGUGAUAGUGAUUUGAAUUGCUGA